AUGUCUUUCUGCCGCUCGAUGAGCGAGAUUCCCGCUUUAGGCAAGGACGUUGAGUGCUGCACCAUGCCCGUUGUUGCCGUCGCCCCGGCCUGCACUAUCAGAAACAAUAGUCAAGAGGCAAAGAACCAGGAGCCUGAUAUGUGUCUUGAGUCUGGCGAGGUGGACUGGUCAUGGUCGGAUAUCAGAAGAGACGCCCUUGAUGUGCGGCACAGGCAAGGCUGUGGUUUGAUCUGA